AAUUGGCUGUCAAAAGCAGAAAAAGAAAAACUCGGGAAAUUGUUAAUUAAAAACGUGACCCACAUCAGCCCACUUAGCCCCCGGACUCAGAGAUGACGUGGAAGAAGCAGCUGGCGCUGCUGGCCAAGCCCUACUACUGGGUGAACAUCCUGCUGGCCAUUUCGUACAUGCUGGCCAAGAAGACGCAGUUCAUCUGCACCCGCCUCUUCAAUCUCAUCGGAGAGGACGAAGACUGCGACUUGGACAGUCGCGAGGUGGAGAUCCUGUUCUUCCUGCUAAUCGUGGUGAUGAUACGGUCGCGCAAGACUGGCAGCGUCACCAUGAUCAACUACCUGGCCUCGUCGUUCCUCUACACAAAGGUGGCCAACGCCAUCCUGUGGGCCUACGCGGAUUUUCGCUACGGCCUGGGCUUCCUGCUGCUGUGCGUCCUGGUGGGCAUGGUGCUGCCGGAGCCCUCGUACCGCGGUCCCGAACACAUCACCUACUUCCGCACCGCACAGGUCUUUGAGGAGGAGUUGCUGCGGGACAAGCGCACCACCUGGCUAAUCUGUUUCUAUACGGUGUGGAAUCCCAGCUGCGUCAACUUUGCUCCCAUCUUUGCCGAGCUCUCGGCGGAGUACAACACGGACCAUCUGAAGUUCGGCAAGAUCGACAUCGGACGAAUCCCGGACGUGGCCCAGAAGUACGGCAUCGCGGACCACAGCUAUUCGCGCCAGUUGCCCACUGUGAUCCUUUUCCAGCAGGGCAAGGAGUCGGACCGACGUCCCUGCACGGACUCCAAGGGCAAACUGCAGAAGUUCUUCUUCUCCAGCGACAAUGUGCGCGCCACUUUCGGUCUGAACCAGCUUUAUAAAGAGGCCGUGGAACGCCUGCCCUCCGCGCCCAACAAGGUCAAGGAGGGCAAGGAGGUCAAGAAGGUCCAGUAGGCUGACUGACCCGCCAUCUCAUUUCUGCGUGCACGUGCUAAUAUCUGUUAUUCGUUUAGUUCUUAAUUUAUUUUAACUUAUUGAGGCGACAGCGACCUCAACUGCCACCGCCACAGACACGUACAAUUGCACUAAUAAUUGUAUCCAACUCGAAACUCAAACGUGCCCUCGUCGCGUUGAAAUUGUGUAAAUUAUUUGUGCGGUCUUGCAUUUGCGUAUUUAAUUUGUAGCUAAUCAUGAGGUACCAAAUAUAUUUAAAUAUAUGGAAUGAGUCAACGAA